CAAUGAUCAUGCCAAUGUGUUUUGUUUUUCACCUUUUUUUCUUACAGACAUGAACAGCAACAGAAAGACGUUGUCAAUUAAGUGGCUACGAAAAGCAGUCACCUCACCAGCACACCUUCAAGGGAGAGAUGCUGGCCCAGUCACACCCUCUGGCUGGAAUAUGUCACCAAUUGAAGAUUCCAAAACUUUGCCCCUCAGUGAUUCUCCAGGACCUGACGGAGUUACAGAACUGAGUUUGUACACCCCGAAGAGAAAAGCUGGGGACCUCGGUGACAGCGAGCCCACCAUUGGCAAAGUUAAGCUGAGGAAGCUUUCCAGGAGAAAUUUUGAUAACUUCAUGACCUCAUCGGAAAAUCCAAUGGACAACUCAUCUGAGCAGCUGGAAUCCACACCACAUUCUUUCAUCUUGAAAAAAAAAGAGAGGACACCUGAGGAGGGAUCAAAGGCUAUAUACAGGAACGCGUUGAUUGCAGCCAUUGGCAGCACAACGGCAAGACACAGCACUACAAAUAUCCCCAUGACUGACACUGAGAGCCUGUCUUUGCCAUUUGAAUCUUCACCAGAGACGACUGAGGAGACUGUUGACUGUUCCCCAAUCAAAUCUGAUGAUAGAUAUGAGGACAAGGGCGCUCUCCAGGGAGGUCAGUGGUAUUUUCUUGGAGGGCAUGAGGAUAGAGGAGCCCAAGAUGACAGCUCAGAGCCAAAAACAGACACAAGAAACUUCAUGCUGAAAGAAGAAGAUUCACCCAGGACGCCUGUUGCUUUGGGUUCUGUGUUCGGAGAGACAACAUCUCAAAAUGAGUUAUUUGCUACAGCAAACAACCUGGAAGUCAAGGACUGUGACUCGUCCCUCCCUGGUCUGGAGUAUAUACCAGAAAUUGCCUCAGACCCCUUUGCUCUGCCAAUCUACUCAAAUAGGAGAUCAUCAAACACUUACUUGAAGACUUCAUCCAAACGCAGGCAGUCAGAUUAUGGCACUUACACCCAUAACCCCACUAACUCCCUUGCUCAUGGGGACACCCCCAGAAGAUUAUCCUUGGGGGCAGAACCUAUGUGGACUAGCCAGCCCUACCUGGAUGAUCAGGUUGGUUUUAUAGACACUCACUGCCACAUAGACAUGCUUUAUGGAAAACUUGGCUUCUCUGGGACAUUCAGCAGCUUUCGAAGGAUGUAUCACACCAGCUUUCCUCCAGAGUUUAAGGGCUGUAUUGCUGAUUUCUGCAACCCAGGGAUCAUGAUGAAGCAGGCCCUGUGGGAAGGUUUGCUGGCUGAAGACAAGAUAUGGGGGGCAUUUGGAUGCCACCCCCACUUUGCCAGAUAUUACUCAAGUGUCCAUGAACGCAAUAUACUGAUGGCGAUGCGGCACCCGAAAGCAGUGGCGUUUGGUGAAAUGGGUCUUGACUACUCCCACAAAAACUCCACUCAUUCCUCCAGGCAAAAAGAGGUGUUUGAACGUCAACUGCAUUUAGCUGUGGCCAUGCAGAAGCCUCUGGUGAUCCACUGUAGGGACGCGGAUGAUGACCUGCUGGAAAUCAUGAAGAAAUGUGUCCCAAGGGAUUAUAAAAUACACAGGCACUGUUUCACAAACAGUUAUCCAGUGAUUGAGCCCUUCCUGACAGAGUUCCCCAAUCUGUAUGUGGGCUUCACAGCCCUGAUCACCUACCCCAAUGCCAAGGAGGCCCGUGAGGCUGUCCGCCAGAUACCUCUGAACCGCAUUUUGUUGGAGACAGACGCACCAUAUUUCCUGCCCAGGGGGGUUAGUAAAGGUGUCUGUCCGUUCUCACAUCCUGGAAUGGGCAUCCAUACUCUGCAAGAGCUGAGCCUACUGAAGCAGGAAGACAUGUCAACAGUCAUCGCCACCAUCCGAGACAACACCACUCAUGUCUACGGCAUAUGAACUCCAUGGAUGAUGGAUGUUAGCAAGCAACCUUGAUCAGACAGAAUCGGUGUGCUUGGAGCAGACACGUCAUGUGACUUUUUGUUCAAGAUUUACCACCUCCACAUCAAGUUGUCAGAAUAUGGAGGACAUGUCUUAUUAGAAGAACCGGGAAGAGUUGUUCAUUUAACUUGUACAGAAGGAAAGGGGGGGAAACAAGACUGAAACAAAAAUAUCUUUUGAUUACAGUAUUUGUAUAUAUCAUUGUUUCUCUGAUAUAUAUCAUUGUUUCUCUGAUAUAUUUUGUGUCAUUGUUCAUCACUUAUUUGAUUCCUUAGCAUUCUGUAUUGUGAGUUGCUGUUCUUGCUGUGUUGUAAUGUAACAUCCCUGUCCUUGUUCUAAUUUGGAUGUUUGUGUUUUGCUAAAGCUGUUACGUCUGGUAAAGCGUGAUGAAUUGGACGUAUUAAAAUACGUUGUUGA